UGCAGCUUUUGUACAGAUUCAAAGACGAGGAGUUAGCUCGCCUUCGCGAAGCGCAACAACCUCCCAGGUGAUUCAUGGACUUGAAUCUUCUCUUCGCUCUCAAGGUAUUAGCCGUAUCCUCGAAACUCUGAGCUCCCGUAUUGUAAUCAUAUACGUCCUUCGCUUCCGUGUCCAGGAUGCUUUCUAUCCUUCGCCAGUCGGCGCUGCCACACAUCUCGAGAAGCCGGAUUCGUUGCCUUCCCACCGAGCUUCGCAGAUCCAGUAGUCUACUCGUCAGCAUACGUUCGCCAGUCUUGAUGCCAUCAUCUUCUUCUUGUGUGUCACCAUCCGCCCAAAUGAGCUUCCCGACGUCGACCAAGCGACUUGGUGCCCCGAGACUGCCGUCCUCAUUCCCACCUACUUCCCCACCUCCGAAAGUAGUCCCAACAGUAUUCGCUGGUGUUGGAGGUGUGACAAGCACUGUCGCCGUGUGCGCUAUUAUUUGGGUUUGCUGGAAGGUUAUUGUUACACCAAUAGUCAUAAUACUUACAUUAGUCAUAACGAGUUUUCUGGGUCUUGCAAUUAUCUUGCCCAGCUUGAUUUUGUUGGCAGGACCUAGCGAGCAAGAGAGGCGCGCGUCCGAACCUCGAAAGGCCAGAAAGGAUACUGAAAAGCGAUACCGGGAGUUUGUCUACAGGACGAAGCUACCUAGGAAAACCAAGAGGAUCCUUCGGAAGGUGGAUAGCGCGAUGUCUCUGUUCUGCCACGAUGAGCUUAGGGCGGAACAGAGAAGUUGAGCGAUAUAAGAGAUGGUGACUACUCUUCGCUUAUCCUUUACUGUACAGUAAAUUAUCAAAAAUCACAUUCUUAGGACAGUUUUUCAUUUGAUGGCUGGACUGAUUUCGUAGACAACAUCUUAUCUUCCUGGUUCUUCCUUCUCUUCAACUAUUGUUACAUCAUGUUAAAAAAAAUCUUCGACCUCGACAGUUUCUCCGUCCAGCUGCAACGUUCAGCCAUACAAGAC